AUGGCCACAGCAAUUCUUGAUUCAGAAAAUUGUAUUAGAGAAGAAAGUAAGAAGGAAAUUCCUCGUAUAAUUUCUUCACACAAGCUGAGACGACACGACUCGUUGGACGUUGAAUCCGGCGAGAUUCCUGGUGGCUAUCGUCGUCUUGGCAGCGAUGCACCGUGGUCAGUGAUCUUCUAUCUAGCCCUUCAGAGCAUUGGGAUCGUAUAUGGGGACAUUGGGACGUCACCUUUGUACACCAUUGGAAGCACUUUCCCCAAUGGAAUCAAACACAACGAUGACAUUCUUGGUGUUUUAUCGUUGAUCCUCUAUACCCUCACUUUGAUACCUCUAUUGAAGUACGUAUUCAUCGUCCUACGUGCGAACGACAAUGGUGAUGGAGGAACAUUUGCUUUGUACUCUCUGAUAUGCCGCCAUGCCAAGGUGGGAUUGAUCCCAAGUCAAGAAGCAGAAGAUCGAGACGUGUCGAAUUUUCAGCUAGAGUUGCCCAAUAACCGCCUGCGACGAGCAUCAUGGCUCAAGUCUAAGCUAGAGAAGAGCAAGUUUGCCAAGUACUUCCUAUUGUCUGCCACAAUGCUUGGUACUUCCAUGGUGAUUGGAGAUGGUGUCUUCACUCCUUGCAUCUCAGUUUUAUCAGCAGUUGGAGGGAUCAAGGAGGCUACAUCUACCAUGACAGAAGAUCGAAUUGUUUGGAUAACGGUCGCCAUCUUAAUUUUCCUGUUCAUGAUUCAAAGAUUUGGAACUGAUAAAGUGGGCUAUAGCUUUGCUCCAAUACUUAGUGUUUGGUUCAUCUUCAUCGCUGUGACCGGAUUGUACAAUUUCUUCAGACAUGAUCCAACAGUCAUCAAAGCUAUCAAUCCCCUAUACAUAAUAGAUUAUUUCAAGAGGAACAAAAAGGAAGCAUGGAUUUCCCUUGGUGGCAUCAUCCUCUGCACAACAGGAAGUGAGGCAUUGUUUGCAGAUGUUGGCCACUUCACUGUUCGAUCAAUACAGAUAAGCAUGUGUGCCUUGAUUUACCCUUCAAUCAUAUUAGCAUACACUGGACAAGCCUCGUUCCUUCACAAGCACAACGAAUUUGGUUCCGAUCCCUUCUUCAAGUCCAUUCCAGGUCCAAUAUAUUGGCCUACGUUUGUGGUGGCUGUCUUGGCAGCAAUAAUAGCAAGUCAGUCCAUGAUCUCGGGGACUUUCUCUAUGGUCCAACAAUCCCUCUCUCUCGGGUGCUUUCCUCGUGUGAAAAUUGUUCAUACAUCGGCUAAGUAUGAAGGACAAGUUUAUGUACCUGAAGUCAAUUAUCUUCUUAUGCUAGCUUGUGUAGGAGUAACUCUCGGAUUCAGAACUACAGAAAAGAUUGGCAAUGCAUAUGGGAUGGCUGUGGUUUUUGUGAUGACACUUACUUCAUCAUUCUUGGUGCUCAUCAUGAUAAUGAUAUGGAAAAGUCAUAUACUACUAAUCAUCUCUUAUGUCCUUGUCAUUGGCACUGUUGAGCUUCUCUAUCUCAGUUCAGUCCUCUAUAAAUUCGAUCAAGGAGGGUAUCUCCCAUUGGCGUUCGCUAUAUUUUUCAUGGCUGUCAUGUACAUUUGGAACGAUGUCUACAGGAUGAAAUACCAUUACGAGCUAGAUCACAAGGUUUCUCCAGAAAAGCUCAAAGAGAUAGCUGUUGACACGAACUUUUGUCGAAUACCUGGACUUGCUGUCUUCUAUUCAGAGCUUGUUCAUGGCAUCCCACCAAUAUUCAAGCACUAUGUGGCAAAUAUACCUGCUUUGCACUCUGUCCUCGUCUUUGUUUCGAUCAAAUCUUUACCAAUCAGCAAAGUUCGAGUGGAGGAACGAUUCCUCUUUCGCCGUGUCCAACCAAAUGAUCUCAAUGUGUUUCGUUGUGUCGUAAGGUAUGGAUACACCGAUGCACACAAUGAGCAAGAGCCCUUCGAAAAAAUGUUGGUCGAGAGGCUAAAAGAGUUCAUCAAAGAUGAUUUCAUGUCUUCUACCAUGAUUUGCAACAACCAAGAUUGUUCCGAAAAGGAAGGGGAAACAGAUGAAGCCUCAGUUAAUGGUGACAAUGUGGUUGAGGAUGCAAUUCGAGUCGAUAAUGAGAAAAAAGAGGCAAUGGAGAGAGAGAUUGAAGUGUUGGAAAAAGCAUGGGAUGCUGGGGUGGUUCACUUGGUGGGGGAGCAUGAAGUGGUGGCCGGAAAACGGGCCGGCAUAGGGAAGAGGAUUUUGAUAAAUUAUGCUUAUACUUUCUUGGAGAGGAACUUGAGGCAAAGCAACAAGGUGUUUGAUAUUCCUCGUGAGAGAAUGCUGAAAGUUGGUAUGACAUAUGACCUCUAG